ACGAAUCAAGCGCAUUGUUGGGAUUUAGCCUUCACAGGGGAGUGAAGUCCUCCCCCACGGGAGGGGCCGGUAAACCCACAUGACGUCACAGGUGUGGGUGUUUAAAAACACCGGACACUUUGACAAACUAGUCAAGUUGCUAUAUUAAUCUCUCUGCGGCACCAUGCAAAGCCCACCGAAACCUCAGUUCGCCAGCUGGCUCAUCGAGCAAGUGGAGACGGGCCAGUACACGGGACUCUGCUACGUGGACCAGAACAAGUUCCGAGUGCCGUGGAAGCACAACUCCAGGAAAGACUGCAACGAUGAGGACAACAAAAUAUUCCGGGCCUGGGCAGUGGCGAGUGGCAAAAUCAACGAGUUCCCCAAUGACAAGGCCAGGUGGAAAACCAACUUCCGCUGCGCUCUCAACAACCUCUCCCUGCGCUUCAGGAUGAUCAAAGAUAAUUCCAGGAAUCAGGACGACCCUCACAAGAUCUACGAGAUCAUCAACACCGACUGCAGCUAUGAAGGUUUGCCAGGGCUGGACUCCCAGGAGGAUUCUGACAUGACUCCAGAUAUCUUCAGCCCAACCAUUGAGAAUUUGGCAACAGGAAAUGAGCACAAUCUACAUCAGGAUUUCAUGGCUUUGGGUAUCGGCAGCCAACCAGCAGAGGAGCAGUUGUGGGCGGAGAAUGACGUCCAGCAUGAAAAUCCUGUCUUCAGUAGCGGUCCUACUGCAACCGAGAACCUCCAGCAAUAUUUACCGGGUGAUCAGCUGGUCUACAAUCAAGCAGUAAUUCCUGCGCCGAUGCUCUGUCCACCUCAGCAGCCCAGUCUGUAUCACCUGGAGAUCUCCAUCCACUACAGGAAGAAGGAGAUGCUGAAAACGACGCUGAACACCAACCGUCUCCAGCUCCACUACCAAAGCGAGGAGCCCGACUUCAACUCCUUUCAUCUCUGCUUUCCUUCCACCGAGGGCCUGCUGGACCGCAAACAGAUUGAUUACACCAACCGCAUCCUGAACAGCAUACAGCGCGGCCUGCUCCUGGAGGUACAGGAGACCGGUAUCUACGCCCGGAGGCAGGACACAUGCCACGUGUUCGCCAGCACCAGCGACCCCAGCGUAGCUCAUCCGAAUCCCCAAAAGCUGCCCAAAAACACCAUGGUGCAGCUCCUCAGUUUUGACAAAUAUGUUAACGAGCUUAAACAGUUCAAGGACAACAAUGGCCGCUCUCCUGAAUACACCAUCAACAUGUGCUUUGGGGAGAAGUUCCCAGAUGGGAAAGCGCUGGAAAAGAAGCUCAUCGUUGUGAAAGUCGUGCCUCUGAUUUGCCGAUACUUUCACGACAUGGCCCAGAUGGAGGGGGCUUCAUCUCUCCACAGCGCCAACGUCAGCCUGCAGAUUUCACACAACAGCCUCUUUGACCUCAUCAGCUCGGUGUUUUCUCUGCCCGGCGCUGAAGGGCCACUCUACACCACUGCGCCGUUCAUCGAUCAGAUUUGAAACUUGCUGUGUAAAACAGUGGCCAGUCAGUGAACUGCUGAAUAUCGGAAGACUUGACAAUCAACUGGUUACUUACAAUUAAGGCAAGACUAAGCACUGCUCAUCUCAUUUUCCCCCCGUCUUCUUUGCACUAUUGAAACACUGACACUUAACCACUACAAAAGUAGAAAAGGUCUCCUCAGCUAGUUAAUUGUUACAAAACAAACUUGUAAAAUGGUACUGUACAUGUCAGAUUCUUUGUGUGUGUGUGUAUUUAUAUUACAUAUACUUUUAUAAACUUUUUUUUAUAUAAGCUUUUCUCCUGUAUGUGUUACCUCUGCAAACAGAUGUUUGUCUCAUUAGUGCUGGUUAUUAGGUUUGACUACUACUCCGAUAUAGAUCUGUUAAGAGCUUUUAAACUAUGUAAAUAUGUGACCAAUGUUAUUACUUUUCUGUAUUUAACUGAGAAUAUUAAGUUUUCAAAUGAUAUAAUGGCAAAAAAAACUAAUUGUUUUUUUUUUAAUUAUGCAAACUAGGUCUUAAAGAACCAAGAGAACUCUUAAGAAAAUGAGGAACAAGGCUGUUGUAUUGUAUGUGUUGGUUGCUUGUGAUCUUUAGAUCCUUAAGGAAGAAGGAAAUAAAAGCACACAGUGUACUGUUA